AUGGUUAUCGCGGUGGUGGAACUUGACGAAGGCCCGCGUCUGAUCACCAACAUCAUCGAGUGUGAUCCCGAACAGGUUGCUGUCGGUAUGGCUGUGGAAGCAGCUUUUGAAAAGAUUGAUGACAGUGAUGUUGUGCUGCCCGUAUUCAGUCGUUUGCUGUCUGAUCUGGGUGCCGAUGUUGUAAAAGUUGAGCCACCUGACGGCGAUAGCACGCGACUGCAUGGCAAAGACAUCGGCGGUAUUUCUGGUUUUUUCAAUCACCAGAAUGCAGGCAAGCGCAAUAUCUGUUUGGAUCUUCGUGCCGAAGGUGCCAUCAGGUUGGUGAAAUCUAUGGCCAGCAAGGCAGAUAUUGUCAUAGAGAAUUACCGACCGGGGGUUAUGCAACGACUGGGCAUAGACUACCCGGCAUUGCAGGCCGUCAAUCCACGCUUGUUAAUGCUGUCGAUAUCCGGUUAUGGCCAGGAAGGACCGGAAGCACAUCGACCAUCCUAUGCGCCUAUAGUCCAUGCGGAAGCAGGGUUAAUGCAUCGCCUGGCGGCGCGCAACAGCACGCCACCCGGUGAUUUGCCAUUAUCUGUGGCCGACACUAACGCAUCUCUACACGGGGUGAUUGCCUUGUUGGCGGCACUUCAUCUGCGUGACCAGACGGGCGUAGGCCAGUACAUAGAUAUGUCUAUGAUGGACGCCACCUUUGUCACCGACGAUCGCGCUCACUUUGACCUCGAAGACACACCCGACACGCUACCCAUAUGCCCGAUUUAUGAUUUGCCGUUCGCGCGGGUCUUUAUCGCGACGGAUCUAAAGUUGUUAUUCCGACGGCUGCAUCGUCGUGCCGGGCUUGCGGAUCCGACCCCUGAAGGCGCCUCGCUGCAGGAGAAAGUCGCGUUGCGUGAAGCUGCCAUAGAACAACGCCUGAUGGAUUGUGGCUCGCUGACUGCGCUUACCAGGCUCCUGGACACUUUAGACCUCCCUUGGGGCGUGGUUCGCGGUCCGCGCGAGCUGGCAGAUCAGCCCACCCUCAAACACCGAGGCAUGAUCGCCGAGGUGGAUGAUCGCGCGGGUGGCACUCGACCCAUACCCCAAUCACCUUAUCGCUUUUCAAAUGCGGCCAGUGGCGUGCGUGGGCCAACUGCACACCGAGGUGAGCACAACCAAGAGGUGCUUCGGGACUGGCUCGAUUUGAACGAUAAACAAAUGCGUGAUUUAUUCGACGGGCGAAUUCUUAUUAACGAAAAAGAUUAA